AUGUUGUGCCGAAGCGCACAUUGCGCGAGUGGCGGCGGGGGAGGCGGGGGUGGAGGCGGUGGGAGUGGAGGAGGGGCUGGAGAGGCUAGUGGCGGCAGUGGGGGUGGUGACGGCAGCGGCGGGGGCGGUGGCAGGGGCGGGGGCGGCAGCGGGGGCGGAGGUGGUCGUGGCAGCGGCAGGGGAGGAGGUGGUCGAGGAGGUGGCGGCGGCGGUGGUGGUCGUGGAGGCGCUGGCGGUGGUCUGAGCCAGCAGCACACUCCGUCGCUCCAGGAGGCCCGUGAGUGGUAUUCGCAGCGCCCGCGGGCGGGUGGCUUUAGCUGCACGUACGUCAUCCGCACUGGUGACCGCACUGGUCAGACGUGUGGGAGGCCACACCCCACGCAGCGCUGUUUCUCGCGCCUUGACGACGCUUGGCGCGCCCAGUUCCCUGAUGGCGCUGAGCUGCCCCGCUGGGCUGAUCUGGAGAGGAAGGGGGUUGAUAUCUGGGCUCUAGACUUUGAUGCUAUUAUCACUGCCAUGUAUGCGAUGUUUACUAGUGGAGAGGGUGCUCAGUACUUGCGUGUUCCGCCCGACCCGGGCAUUCUGACCAGUGAGGCUGCCGCUCUAGGUGCUAGUGAGACUGCCACUGCAGGUACUCGCGUGUCUGCCACCUCAGGUGAUGGUGAGGCUGCCGCUCUAGCCGCUUGCUCGGCCAGUUGCUGUCUCCCUCGCUGA